AUGCCGCAGCGCUUCUUGAACGCUCAGGAAUCUCCACCGCCUUUGUUGGCUUUGACAGUGGGAGCCACCAACGUUUUCGAAGUGGCAGCCGCGGCCAAGGGUGUUGCUUGUCGAGAGUCGAUCAAAAAAGAUCCAGAAAUGUUGGAAGUUUGCUAUAAUCACUUUGCUACCGGCAUGGACAAGCUUAUUGUGGAUGGCAGUCCUACCGUACGGAUGUUAUCGCUGCGGGUUACCUCUUUCUUCAUUUCAUCUUUGAAAAAAGCAGCUGAGAAGCAAUUGAAGAUUGUGAGUUUUGAACGAGGUAUUCUCUAUACACUUACCCAGGGUACAUAUUGCUGUGUCCAGGUUAUGCCUAUGGUACUCAUUGCAACGUGUGAUACCAGUCUUUCUGUAUCCAAGCAAGCUGAAGCAGUGCUCACUGAGAAUUUCCCCGGCGACAAAGCCUCGCAGGCGACGUCGAUUUUUGCUGCCGACACGGCAAAGCUCGCUAUUGACAUCAUAGCUGGUCGUCAUGCAUUGGUCCAACCUCAAAAGUAUGACUGUGAAGAUUCUCCCGAACAAAGGGUGUCACGCCUGUCUACGCAGUGCUUACUAGUCAUUUCUCGCUUAGCACCUUUUGCCUCAAAGAAUGCUCAAUUCAAGGAGGUCUUAGAGAACUUCUUCAAGCAGACCGCAAUAAUUAAGAACUUGACAAAAGGGACACCAGCGGUGAAAUCAGCGCUUCUUGGAAUUUGCUUAAAAAUGCCAGAUUGUGUGUCGUUACUGCUGGAUACUCCAUUGGCAACCUGGACCAUAUCCAAUCUCGAUUCACCGGAUUCAUCCGUAUGCACGAAGGCAUUCGAAGCGUUUAUAGCUCUUUUGGCAGAUGAGAGGUUUUACACGAAAUUCGACGUUGAGAAAUCUGUCAUUCCCAAGCUUUUGUCUGUAGUCAGACGAAAAGAAGCACACUGGCGUCAUGCGUCGCGGUUUUUAGCACCGUCCUAUGCGACUCUCGUUACGCAUGUGAGUGAUCCACCAAAAUUCAUCCACUCCUUUCUGGCGUCUUUCAACGACAAUCUCCCUUUUGAAAUUGGAGGAUCUAUGCCUGUUUGGGCUGAGACGUUCUCUGAAUGUGUCAAAUUCACUUACUCCAACGAAGAGACGAUUGCUGAGUGUUCGGAUUUGAAUAUCGUCGAAGUGCUGCUUGAAAGUGUUGAGCAUGUACGGGAGGAAUCCAGUGCUUGUCAGGAGAUUAUUAUCAAUCUUCUGUUGUGGCUGCUAGAUAAAAAUGCUCUGUCUAGGGACAAGAGCACUUUUCUGCUUGACACGCUGCAGCUCAAUCUCAUUGGAAAGCGACCUCAAAGUGAUUCUUUUUGUGCUCUAUUGGUGGCUUCCGCAACGUGGUCGUUUCGAGCAUUUCAUGUUGCUCUCCUACGUGUCCCUCCUCUUCAUCCAGAUUUCGUCAGACCAUUGCUUUUUUGCAGCUUCGAGUACCUUGAGUACGUGGACAGGAAUGUGUCCCUCAUUUCUUCUCUCAGUAAGGAUCCAGAGCCCUCCACACUAUAUGCCCAAGUGGUGCUACGGAUACUACGGAUUAAUCCACUUAGAAUCGACGAGUGUGACCUGAUGUCCUCACAGCUUACUCCUUUUAUCCUUGCUGGGUUCCGGCCUGACGACUGGCCAAUGAUUUCGGAGAGUUUGGGAGAAGAGUUGAUUCCUUGCUUGAAGAAGGUCAUUAUUCAGUGGAAAGAAGAGAAGAUCUACUUCGCUAUUUCCAAAGUUUUGAGUAUGAUUGAUAUCCCACAACGCGGAGAAGUGCUCUCGCCUAUUCUUGACAAGUCAUGCUCACCUCAAUUUUUAUCGGAAUUGAUGGCUACCUUGAAGUUUCCCGAAGAUUUGACUGCAGAAUUCUCUCGCCUUUCGUUUCACUCCUAUUUGAUAGCGAUGUCUCCGACAAAGGUGAGCUUCUUUGUGAAAAAAAAUUUCACCCUUCUUUAA